GUGAGGAUAUUUAACCACAAUUAAUAAUUUAUACUAAAUCGAAUGAAAGAAACGUGUUUUUUAUUUUUAAAAUCUUCCCGAGUCCUAUGAAUAGACUUCUUUUUUCAUUCUCUUCUCGUAGGUGUACAUCGUGAUAGUAGCAGGUUUUAAAAAAAUUCGGCAAUGGCGGACGAUGGAGAAGAAGAUUACAUGAGCGAUCUCUCUCGUUUUCUCCCUCCUGACAACACCUCCAAGCCUUCAAAUAAGUUGUGUAGCAAAAGAGGCUCCAUUCCUCAGCCUUCGAGCAAGAAACCCAAAACCCUAAACUGGCAAGAGCAGCGGAAACUGACGAGAGAACAGAAGCAAGAAGAAGAGGAUAAAAAAAUAAUUUCGAGCUUAGAUUCAGCCAUUCCACAAUCAAACAUCGGAUUCAAGAUGUUGAAACAGAUGGGUUAUACCCCUGGGUCAGCACUGGGAAAAGAAGGGGGGUUCGGCAGGAUUGACCCAGUUGGGAUCGAGAUUCGCCGGUCGCGAGCUGGUAUUGGCAGGGAGGAUCCGAGGAAGGAGAAGAUAAGGAUGGAGGAGGAGAAGAUGGUUAGAGAAAAGAAUAGAGAGAAGGAAUUGAUGGUGGAUUUUGGUAGUCGGAAGAAGGAACAGUGGAAGAACAGGAGAGUUGUUGUGGACUAUCACAAAGCCAAGGCUGCGUUUGAACAAUUGGAGAACAAGGAGGUUGAAGUGGAGCAGGAGAAGAAGAGCGAUGAUGAAGAACAAGAAGAAGAGAAGAAGGAAGAGAUAAUAACAGAAGAGGAUUUGGAAGAAAUGCUAAUGAAAUUGAGAGAUGAGUAUGAAUAUUGCCUUUAUUGUGGUUGUCGGUAUGAAUCAAAGGAUGCACUCUUAUCUGGUUGUCCUGGAAUAAAUGAAGAUGAUCACUAGCUAGAAUUUUCUGUUUCUUCUUGUUGAUCCUUUCAAUUUGAAAUUAUUGAGAUGCUGCGAAAAAUGGUAGCUUUGACAAAAUCACAUUAAGAUAGAUCAAUGCUGUAACAUUACAGAUUCUGUACAGUCAGUGCUCAAUAGAACAAAUUACUUGAAUCAAUGCAAUUUUUGCAUUACUUUAUA